AUGCAAAGUAUUCAAUACAACACAAAAGAGAGUGUGAUUGUGUGCGUUAGUAUGAAUGUGUUUUGUAUAUCUGAAUUACGAGUAUUAGUGAAAUGUUAUAAAGUAAUCAACAUUUGCCAUUAUCAUGGUCAACAUCGACAUUCAAAGAAAAGACAAAGAAAGACAAAUCCCCCUAAAAAAAAAAUUGAAAGCAAAGUAAAUGAAACAAGAACUACUUCACUUGUUCGUAGACUGUAUCAGCAAUGCAACCUUGACUGUUUACCAAACUCGUACAAGGUAGAAUAUUGGAAAAGUCUGUUAUGUUCUGUACCAUAA